UCUCGUACUACUCGUACUUUGAAUGAUAAAAGUUGUUCGAUCGUGAGUCACGAUUCGUGAGCUCUAUAUCCUGUUUUCCAGCUCCCAACACGGAUUUUUUUAAGGCUAAUAAGAUAUUUCCUUCUAAAAAUGGAUUAUUCUAGUGAUAUUUGUUAUCCUAUAUUAGAUGUUGGCAGUGUUAUGCAGUGGAAAUGUAAUGGAAACUGUUGGAUUGAUAAAUAUGGUGUCAGUGAUUUGUGUGAUAACACCAAAUUUGUUAGUGUAGGUCAAUUGCUAGAUGUUAGAGAAAAAACAACUGUAUUUCCUGAAUACAAACUAAAGCAAUGCCUAGUGCCAAAGACUGUAUUUUGUCACGAUUUCAAAGGGGGCUACCUUGAAGACAAAUUUUGUAAUGGCUCCCCUGACAUUCAUACCUACCGCUUUUUCAAUUGGUCUGUCAUUGAUAUCUUCAUUUACUUCAGUCACAAGCUUGUUACAAUACCACCACAUGGUUGGCUAGAUGCGGGACACAAACAUGGAGUACCAGUAUUAGGUACCUUGAUUACAGAAUGGGGUGAAGGAGAGAAUAUUUGGAAUUACAUUCUCUCAGACCCGGAAAAGACCUCAUUGUUCUCUCAAAAGCUUGCUGAAAUUUGUGCACAUUUUAAGUUUGAUGGAUACUUAUUGAAUGUUGAAAAUAAAGUUGCACAAGAUUUGGUUGCGCCACUGGUCAAUUUUGUAGGUUUAUUGAAAUCACAUUUGGACCUUUAUUGCAAGAGGAAAACUUGGCUUUUGUGGUAUGAUUCUGUCACUGUAGAGGGGAAGUUAGACUGGCAAAACAAACUAUGCCCAUUGAACAAACUGUUCUUUGACAAGUGCGAUGGCAUUUUCCUUAACUAUGUGUGGACCCCCAGUGGCCUAGCAGACACACUGACAGAGGCUGGAAACAGGAAACUUGACGUUUAUGUAGGAGUUGAUGUCUGGGGACGAAACUGUUAUUAUGAUGGAGGCUUUAAUCUUGACAAGGCCUUGGGUCUCCUUCGUAGUAUGAACAUGUCUGUAGCAAUUUUUGCCCCAGGAUGGACUUUUGAAGCCGCUUCUCCAGAACUAUUCAUUGAGAGGGAAACAAGCUUUUGGAACAAACUCUCACGUUUUUUGUUUGUCCAUGGACCAGCGAAUUUGCCAUUUCACACAAACUUUUGUCAAGGAAUAAUUAUGAAUGGCAACACUCCAUGGUUCCAACUGAGUGCACAGCAGUACCAACCCUCUUAUCAGCCCUGUGGUACAACAGCUGGCUGUGUGUCUUUCUGUGAACAAUCAUGUUUGCAAGUGAGAGCUACGAGUCACAACCACUCAAAACUCUUUCAUAGGCGAAUUUGCUCCAAGAUUUGUUCGAGAGUAGUGAGGGGAGAACAGGAAGCGACAACGAGAAUUGUGCCGAGGCACAUUAAACUGGACUUUGGACAACAAGGCCCCGCUAUCCAGCUUACCGCUCACCAGAUUAUGCAGGCAUACCAACACAGACACUCGCCGCCGCUUAUCAAGGGAAUCUAG